AUGAGACACAAUCUGGUGUGUCAGACACCUCCCACUGCCACUGUUCAUGUAAAAUCGAGUGCAUCCAGAUCACAUCAGCAAAAAAACCUUCUUAGACUAAAGCGGCCUACUUUUAAAGACCAUGAAGAAAAGGCUCAAAGUCAUAAACAUAAAUGUCCAAAAGGACCAUGCCUAGUUAUUCAGCGUCAGGAAAUGACAGCUUUCUUUAAAAUAUUUGACGACGAUCUAAUUCAGGACUUCCUUUGGAUGGACUGUUGCUGUAAAAUUGCAGACAAGUAUCUCUUGGCAAUGACAUUCGUUUAUUUCAAGAGGGCUAACUUCACAAUAAAUGAGCAUACCAGAAUCAAUUUCUUUGUCGCUCUGUAUCUGGCAAAUACGGUUGAAGAAGAUGAUGAAGAAGCAAAGUAUGAAAUUUUCCCAUGGGCUUUGGGAAAAGCCUGGAGAAAGCUCUUCCCUGAUUUCUUAAAGUUAAGAGAUCAACUAUGGCGUAGAAUUGACUACAGGGCUAUUGUAAGCAGACGCUGCUGUGAAGAGGUGAUGGCUAUUGCUCCAACACAUUACGUGUGGCAGCGAGAACGUUCUGUGCACCAUAGUGGAGCUGUGAGAAACUACAGUGACCAAGUACAGCUGCCCCGAGGACCUGGCGCUACUCCCACAGACUGUCUGCUCUGUGGCAAGAAAGGAAGAUUUGUUCAACUAGGAUUAUCAUCAUCUUCCUCAUCUACAGACAGUUUGGAGACUACAGAAUUACAUUCAUCCCAGAAUUUGAAGGACACCUUUCCAACUGAAAAAAUGCUUGUUGACCCUCCUUUUCAUAAAGCCCAAGGCUGCCAGAGUCUAUCCAGCAAAAGCAGACCACGAAGCACCUUGAAGCAAGACAAAUCCAUGGAAUGGUUUACAAGCAAUGAAGAAUGA